AUGGCGUUGCAGGCCGCGCACUUGGAGGCAGAUGCCUUCCUGGUCUGCACGGUCCACGCUCUGAGCACUCAGCAAGAAGAGGUCAUGGGCCUCUGCCUCAGCGAGGUUGGAGCUGGCCGAAUUGCUCACAUUCACUCUGUGAUCAUUCUGCUCCGCUCAGAUACGAGGAAAGAUCAGGUGGAGAUUUCCCUGGAGCAGCUCUCGGCUGCUUCGACAGAAGCGGAGAGGUUGGCUGAGUUAACGGGACAGCCCACAAGGGUUGUGAGCUGGUAUCAUUCCCAUUUUCCCAGUAGUGAUGUAUGGAAGUGA